AUGGAACCCCCUACGCUCCCACUCGCCACGUCUCACUCAGCCUCCUCUCAGCACCCGACUCUCCUCUCACUUGAACUACUGACGCCAGCAUCAUUCUCCGAGUUCGGCACAGCCAUCAGCCCUCCAUUCGAAGCGUCGUUGACGACUCCUCCUCGCUCAUCCGCGUCCAUCCCUGUGCCGCUGCACGCCCCUCACCAACCCGCCCCGGUUUUUGCCAACCAGAAUUCCGCGCUGAAGACCUCUCCCAUCUCGCAGUUCAGCAACCACUACCCUGCCGCGGCGGGGGCCCGGGCCUCGACGCCUCAGAUGAGCAUGUUCUCUUGCUUUCCCAGAAACCUGAGCGGCAUCGGCAUCGAGCCGUCCCGCUCCGGGGACAGCGCCUUCUCCUUCAGGGUCUCGAUCCUAGAGCGCCACCCGUACACGACCCAGACGUUCUGUCCACUCGGCCUGGCCGCCUCGGACUCUUCAACGGUCUUCCUCGUUGUCGUGGCGCCCUCCCUGCCUGCUUCAACCACGGCGGUCACUUCCAGUGAGGGCGAAACAACCAUCACCAAGCCCCCUGAUCUGGCCCGCCUCCGGGCCUUCGUGGCUCGAGGAGACCAAGCUGUCACCUAUGCCCCGGGCACGUGGCAUGCACCAAUGGUUGUAUUGGGCCAGCGACGGGUCGACUUCUUGGUCACGCAGUUUGUGAACGGUGUUGCCGAGGACGACUGUCAGGAAGUGCUACUGGGACAGAAUAAUGUCAGGGUAGAUUUGAGUGGAUUGGGGUUGGAAGGGUCUGGAUACAAAGGGAGGCCAAAGUUAUAG